AACGGGGCUGAGGGGAAGGAUCGAGGGGGCUGGUGCGGCCCCGGGGGGCUGGCGGGGCUUCCGCGCUUAGGGACACAGGGAGCUUGAGCAGUGUCAGAGAUGCAGGGUUUGAGUCCAAACGCCCGCUGGAGUUCCCUUGCAAAGGGAAUGUUUCCGUGGUUCUGGGCUGCGGCUGGUCGGGGCUCGCAUCGCCGUCAGACGUGCUGGUCACCCCUGGCGUGGGGCCUGGAUGCUGAAUGAACUAGUGGUGGGAGACACCAAUGGAAAACUCUAUGUUUACAAGAAUGAUGACAGCAAACCCUGGGCUGUGCGAUCUUGCCAAGGAAUGCUCACGUGUGUUGGUGUGGGCGAUGUAUGCAAUAAAGGAAAGAAUUUCGUGGUGGCGGUGAGUGCAGAAGGCUGGUUUCAUCUUUUUGACCUGACUUCUCCAAAACACCCAGAUGCUUCAGGCCACCAUGAGUUGGCAGCAGCAGAAGAGCAGAACCCAGUGUUCAGGCAGCACAUUCCUGCCAACACCAAGGUCAUGCUGAUCAAUGACAUUGAUGGAGAUGGGAAGUGUGAGUUGGUGGUGGGUUACACUGACAGGGUGGUGCGUGCCUUUCGCUGGGAGGACUCGUCAGAGAAUUCAGACCACAUCUCUGGGCAGCUGCUCCUGUUGAAGAAAUGGCUGCUAGAAGGUCAGGUGGACAGCCUCUCUGUGAACCUGGGCCCUGAUGGCUCUCCGGAGCUGAUGGUGUCGCAGCCAGGCUGCGGCUACGCCAUCCUGCUGUGCACCUGGGACAUGGAGCACCGGGACACAUCUGCGGGAAGGGACGGCUCUGCUUCAAGCAGUGAGGCCCCUGUUCGAGAUGUUAUUCUACACCAAACAUCUGGACGGAUUCACAACAAGAAUGUCUCCACUCAUCUAAUUGGUAGCAUUGCCCGAGGUGGCUCCAGUGAGAAUAGUGGCUCAGGUCUCUUUGCCCUCUGUACUCUGGAUGGGACAUUGAAACUCAUGGAGGGAGCAGACAAGCUGCUCUGGUCUGUUCAGGUUGAUCACCAGCUGUUUGCUCUGGAAAAGCUGGAUGUUACAGGCAAUGGGCAUGAGGAGGUGAUUGCCUGUGCGUGGGAUGGUCAGACAUACAUCAUUGACCACAAUCGGACUGUUGCCAGGUUUCAAGCAGAGGAGAAUGUCAGUGCGUUCUGUGCAGGCCUCUAUGCAUGCAAAGGAGGAAGCAACAGUCCCUGCCUGGUUUAUGUCAGCUUCAGCCAGAAGAUCUACAUCUACUGGGAUGUGCAGCUGGAGAGAAUGGAGUCCACCAACCUGUUGAAAAUCCUGGAGGGUGACCCAGAGUUUGCAAAUCUCCUGCAGCAGCUGGGUGUAGAUAAAAAUGAUGUUUCUGCCGUCAGAAAUCUGAUUCACAAAACCCUCUAUUUUCCCAAGAAAUAUCAUCUGAGCAGCCCUUCGCAGUGUCAGGAUCCUGCUGGAACAGAUUCCUCUGCCCACUGCACUGUCAUCCAGGAUCCCUUAUAACAAGUCAUAUGGAGUCUGACUACCAGCACAGGCUCUUCUGCAGCUGGAAUGGGGCAUUUAAUGAAGAUGACUAUUCUUUUGCUAUCUCUGUCAAAAGUUCCAAACAGGAAAGGGUGUACAGGCUGUGGAGGGAUAUUCUUGGCUUGUAGGCUUGAGUGUAGGUGGUGGGUUCAUUUUCUGUUAGCAGAGAGAGCUACCAGAACAGAAAGAGUCAAGGGUCUUGCUUGCUGGCCUUCCAUUGCCACUUUCUGUAUUCUUUACUCGCUGAAGUGCUUUAUGGGUCACUCUGAAGAAGCACUGAGGACAUGGAUGGAGAGAAUAGCUGAGCUCAGUCUCCAUUCUGGCUCCAGUGAUUACUUCUGAAUUCUCAGCAGGAUUACAGUGCAGGAAUUGCGGAUGGAGGGAUUGAAUAGGGAGCAGGCAAGGGCCUUCUCUCACACUUAGGUGUGUGUUAAAGUACCCCUGUGCAUUGAUUGCCUUUGCUUUGCCGCUGCUGUUCUAGCAAGGAGUUUCUCACAAAUCACUUCCUGUCCUGAGAAGCUGGAGACAGGUGUGAGAAGAACCACAACUUGCACUAA